CCUAGCAUUAACAAUACAUAUAAAAACGAGAAUAAUAUGUCAUCGCAAGAGUGGUCAGAUGAAAGUGAAAUCGAAGAAGAGGAAGUUAUUCUAUCAUCCGAACAGAUGGGGGUAAUAGCGCCCGCAAAAAAAUCGACCUCAUUAAACUCGAGAUUUGAUGCCCCAAUGCGGCUCGAAACUGAAGAGAAAUAUGUGAAAUUUGACUAUCAUUCGAUCAACCGACGACCCUACGAUGAUGAUAAUUACAUACACGAACUUGCCGCCAACUAUUGGAAAACCAUAAUGUACAACUAUCCUUACUACGGCGCGGACAUGGCAGGAUCUCUAUUUACGGAAAAAACAUCGUCGUGGAAUGUGAACAGUCUUGAUAACUUGUUGAACACCAUCGAUCCGAUUCCCGGAGUUAACGACGCAUAUUUAUAUUUUGGAAUGUGGAAAGCAUGUUUUCCUUGGCACGUCGAGGUGACAAAGACCUUUAUUCCAUCAACUAUAUCCAUUUUGGCGCACCAAAACACUGGUGGUGACACGACGGUCGCCGCUUUCCGCGGACCUACUAGCCUGAUG